ACGGCGGCGGCGAAGCCAUUGCGCGUUUGUCCCGGCACGUUUUCCGAUUUUGUUUUAUCCCGUUGUCCUGUCGACUGCGCCAGCCCGAGGAUCGCGCGCUUCUAUUUCCAUCGCCUCUCUCGACGAGCAGUGCGGAGAAGCGGCCCCCGCGGUAUGUUCGCAUCGGGGCUGCUGCGCCUGAAGCCGGCGUGCGGAUGAGUGUCACCGGCUGAGUUCGGUGGUGUGGCAAGUGCGACGGUGAAUUUGGAAAGUGUGCACUGUUUGGUGACGCCGGAUCUGUGUGUUUCACGAAAGAGAUACCGGUGUGCUUACGACAACGUCUCUGCUAGCCGCUGAUGCGCCAUGAAGCGUUCCUGGCGGACAUGGGCCUACGCGCUUCCGGCACCGUGAAUGCGGCCGCUGUUCCGAGUGCAUGCCAUGGCCGAUGCUGGGACCAGCGUAGAAGACAGCAGCCGUGGGUGCCUGCAACGCUGCCCAGUGGUUUCCAUGCGCCCGGCAUCCUCGCUGUCAGGGCGGAAUCGACAGCCCGCUAGCGGCGACGCCGCCGCCCGCUCGUCGGCGUCCCAGCCGGAGCAGCCGUCCGCACGGCACUCGUGAAGCGCCUGUGGGCCGGGCCUCCGCCGCCCAACGGCGGCGAGAAGAGGCGGCCGGAGCCCGACCGGCCCCUGCUGCUUCAGCUGCCGGGCGCCACGGAGCCCUGCGCUACCUUGGCCCCAAUGUUCCUGCACACAGCGAUGAGGUACUACAGGCUAUGGAUCUACACGUGCAACGUGGCACUUCUGCUGAGCGCGCUGGCGUUCUCAGUGGCGGCCGCCUGGGUGCUGUCCGACUACCGAGCGUCCCUGGUGCCAGGCCUGCGGCUGGCCGACCCGACCUUCGUGUACGCUGUGCCUGCGCUGCUCCUACAAGGCGGCUUACUACAGGCCCUGGGUUGCCUUGGCGCCCUGCGUAUGAACCAGCGGCUGCUGCACGCGUACUGGGCCCUGCUAUUCGCCCUGCUGCUCGGAGACGCGCUGGCCGGUCUCGCCUGGCUGUUCCGUUACCGCGCACUUGUCGCAGGACUCAGGGCUGGUCUCAUGGACGAGUUCCAGGACGGCUACGGCCUUCGUCCGGGCUACCGACUGCUCUGGGACCGGCUGCAGGCCGAGCAGCGCUGCUGCGGCGUCGACGGACCCGAGGACUACAAUGCCACCGCUUGGCUGCGCGAGCAGCGCAUGGCCCAUCCAUGGAUGAGGCAUCAGGUGCCCGCCUCCUGCUGCCCGGCGGCACGGGCCCAGGCGACGUGCCUGGACCGUGGCACGGGUGCGUACCGCGCGCCCUGUCACGAGGCGCUCCUGAGGUGGCUGCAGCGAAGCGCCGACCUACUCUGUGUGCUCGGCUUCUGCGUGAUGGCCUUCCUGAAGCUGUGCUUCCUCGGCAUCUUGCGGUACGAGAUCCGCGAGAUGAUCCAAAAGAUACGCAUCCUGAGCAGCGACCCUUCCGGGUGCGCCGAGGGCCCUGUCGAUUCCUCGCGCGGCUCCUUCGGCAGCCACAAGGGAGGAGGAGGAGGCGGAGGAGGAGAUUCGGCUCUGCUCCUCGAAAAGCGGACGAAGCCGUCGAACGGGAACAACAACGACGCGCCUUACGACGAGUGCCACCACAAGUCCAGUCCUGUGUGAUGCGGUAGCGCUGCCCCCACGGGAGAAGCUGCACUGAAAUUCAGAACUUCGUGAUGGGUUUUCACAGUGAUCACUAUGUGCUUAUGAGACAAGAUAGAUUGCACGAUCCAGCCACAACGGCUCACCGUGUUGCUCCCGCCACAAGGUGCCGCUCUGGCCAGCGUGAUGCGGCCACUGAACCUUGUGCCGAACAAGUUUCCUUGCUUAGUAUGCUCAUGAUUUGCAGAGUCUGCGUGCAUAAAUUGAGAUUACAUUACACCGAAGUAAAGAGGUGGCUCAUAGUACAGUCGAAUGCCUCAUCUGUUUAAGCUGCAUGGUCGUGACAUGGCUAACGCACGUAACGCCAUGGUCUGUGUAACAGUGUGAUAAGGUGAUAAUAUAAAUAACUUUGUAGAUGACAGGGAGGAAUGCCGCAGAUUGGGGUUGACCUCGCUAAAUGUGGCUGUACGAAGUGUAAUUACUCAUCCAUGCAGCCUACGCCUGAAAAUGAAACAAAAAAUUGUGUGGUUUCUGCGUUCCUUUCGACGGCUCCCUUAUUUCAGAAACCACAUAAAGACAAAGCACGAGUACUGUCUAACUAGAAACAGGUGACAACAUGUGAACCCGAAAUGUAAGACAGUGCGUGCGUUUACGUAGAGGUGCACUGUUCAGAAGAAAUGCAGGAGCAAAGUGAGAUUCUUUCACGAGAAGAAACAUGGAUCAGAAUGUCUUGUUAUAGUGCACGUCCACGGGAUCUUUUGAGUAUGAGAAAACAAGCUUCUGGAAUUCUGAAUUUACAGUAUCAGACAAAAACUGCGCUGGCUCCAUCUCUUGGUGCUCUUCGGCGUCGAAAAAGAAUUCGGUGCAGGCCUUCUCCCGUGCAGGCUGUGCUCCGGCAGUGCACUCCUCGAGGCUUGUGAUGUGUAGUGCAGCAGCUGACUUUUGUUAUGGUGCGUGCACUCUUGAUGGUUGCUACUAUCACUGUGAACUGAAAUGGACUUGGGUAGACAAGCACGGAGUGUUUGCUACAUUGAAGCUGUCGCUCGUUUCUCUUCUCACAAUUGCGAUCUUGUGCGGACGGCGUACGCAUACACUGGCCUUAAGAGUUUGACGGAGGAUAAGAAAGCAAAGUAUUACCGAAGCUGUCGCGAAGACUAAUAUUAGGUAACAUGUGUUAUUCAGCGAUAAAGUGCUCUGUUUAGUUUUGAGAAUGACAAAGUUGGAGAAAGCCAUUGAAUGCCAGACUUCAAAAUCGUAGAAUAAUCAUUACUUCUUGGCUACAACAAUUUUACGUACCUAAUCAUCCCGCUGUGGUUUCAUUGCUCAAUGUUUCUAAGAAGUUAUAAAGAACGAUAAAUGGAGGAUUCGUUCAACUUCCUGAAAUACCAUUCACAACAAUGUGUAAUUAUUAAAGAUGUUUAAUUUCUGAUUCCCACUCCACUGUAGGGCACGAAAACACGACAUAAUGGUAUAUAAGAGUUGAUAAAAAUGCGGAAGUGGGAGCGUGACGCUAUGACAGAUAACUAUAUAACAGAUAAUAGAUAUCACAGUAUUGGAAAAGAUUCGCGCCUUAUGAUUUUGACACGGUGGUUAACAUGUUCAGACGACCACGUCAAACUGAUAUGAUUCCUGCGUUUACGUCAUUGAGGCGGGUUGCAUGAACAGUAGGCUUUGUAGUCAUGUUUGAUGCAGCGACAUUCCAUUCUGUAGCGUAGGGACUCAUAAUACGAUGAAGAAUAUGUUGUAGGUAAAUUUUGCGUGUAUUCUUUAUGUAGAGGCAUGCACGAAGUUUGCGAUGACAAUAUGUUGUUCUUACAGUGUUUAUCGUUAUGUUUAUGUUCUUGCCGGUGUCAAUGAGUCUACCCGAUACAUUAUAUAAAUAGUACAAUUCCUCCACAAGUAUUGGAGCCACUAGGAAAUCUCUAGAACAUGCAAACUGAGAAUGAGUUGAAAACCUUUUGCUAUGUGGUGCUGGAAGUGGGAGUGAGCGCGCCGUAAAUGCAGCCAAAUGGCAGCGAGGCGGUCGUCGCCGCCGACAAGCGGGAUGCGCAACCAGGUUUCGCAACCUACAACUGUGUUCUUCAUUUAUUUGCCUGCACAAACUUAUGCCACCUAAGCAAUAUUCACGUUCACUUAGUUUACUAUUUCCGUAUGAUAGAUCAAACUAAGUAGAAAAAUCAGAAAAAAUCCGUAGAAUAAAUGGGGUACAUUUAAGCUUACAUAUAACGCUAAAAAGAUGCGACAGACUUGUGGCGCGCGAUACGUCGUCACCAGUUACUGAACAAAUGUUUUGUGCGACGGCGAGGGGUAUUAGGGGAACGUUAACUUAAUAUUAUUGAAUCUAACACGAAAUUGCAAUUCGCGAUUACUUCUGGCAAAAUGCCGUCAUAUUACUGUGACUAAAUGGCUACAUGUUUGCUAUAGCGAAUCUUCUGUGACUGGGGCACGUUGGUGAGCGAGUCGGAACAAUGAGGAAUAGUGUGAAUUAGAAGGACCACGCAUCCGAAAGAAUCAUAGAGACACUGAGGCUUAUUUAUAGCAAGUGUGCAGUAAAAGCUUCUCUGAAAAGCUUAGUAGGAAAAACAUGCCUAUGGAAUACAAAGAAAAAACGGCCCUCUGCGAACAAAUGAGCAAGAAAUCAUCUCUGGAAAUCAUGUAGACGCCAUUGACGUCGCAUUAACAAUGGGUUACGAAGGCCUCUGACUACGCGGGAUCAAUCUUGCGAUCAUUCUUCACUGUAUUGUUCCCGUUGGCACAGAAAUGUGUCAAAGUCAGGAAAACGCAAGCGCGUGUACCGUGGCAGUUGUAAAACUCUGUACACGAUAUGACAUACAAUAGCAGCUGGCAUACCUGAAAGCGCUGCAUGGUGUAAAACUUUUGAUUUUGCUCGCUGUCAUUGCCUACGAAGUUGGGCAAACGAAGUAAUCUGUACAAUAUUUUUCUUUUUGUAUGUAAGCGUGCUUUGCUACGGGGCAUGAAAAAUAGCACAACAGAAAGAAGUUGAACGAAAAAAAAACAACAGUCCAAGUCCAGAAACUUAUCGGCGUGUAUUCAAAAGGCGUGUCUAGGUCAUUUAAGUAAGUGCGAAGUGUGAAUUGAGACAGUCCGGCAAACAUAACUAUAGCUCUUAGGAAUGUCAAGGGGAGGAAAACGUUUAGGGAUGCAGUGGUAUAAACUGCACGUCAUUUCUUAUUUACAUAUCAGACUGGCUUGAGUCCUCUCUUUGAUCAAUCUUCCAGCUAGAUGAACUUGAACUUGCUCGUUUGUGCCAAAUUGCAUGACAUCAGAAAUAAGAAUGCUCGUUUAUUCGUACAUAUCCCAAACACGGUUCAAUCGAGCGCAGUCGUACUACUACAACAACGGCGAUUUUACGAGUAAGCAUUCGCUGGUAUUGCCACUAAACUGUGUACCAUGCAUUCUUCUAAAAACAGGGCAAAAGAAAGUUUAGAACAAUUAUCAGAAGCUUUGGGAAGCCUCCUACUUACGACGACGGAAAUAAUCAGUUAGCUUGGACCGUUGAGUGAAGACGCGGACGAGAGCAAAUUAAUAUGCCGUACGAGCGCUGUUCGGUAAACGAAA